UCGAGUUCUGGAGCCCUAGCUUAGUCUGAGUUUACUGUUCAUACGUCGCUUCACUUCAGCGAUCGAAACCAUCGAAUCCGCUUAAUUGUAUUGUAAUUCCCUUUGAAAGAACGAAGAUUACGCAGUGAUAGAUGGGUCAGAUUCAGUACUCUGAGAAGUACUUCGACGACAUUUACGAGUACAGGCAUGUGGUUCUUCCACCCGAAGUGGCAAAGUUGCUUCCAAAGAAUCGCCUGCUCUCGGAAAAUGAGUGGCGUGCAAUUGGAGUUCAGCAGAGUCGUGGGUGGGUGCACUAUGCUAUUCAUCGUCCCGAGCCGCACAUCAUGCUAUUCAGGAGGCCCCUAAACUAUCAACAGCAGCAGGAGAAUCUUGCUCAACAAAAUGUGCUUGCUGCUAAAUGACUGUUUUUCACUGAUUAUGUGAAAUGCUACUGGGGAGAAAGAAAGCAAUUAAUAUUCAGUCGUGUAAUGGUUUUAAAAUGAAAAACCGUCCACACUUUCCUGGUAUCUGUGGUCAAUCCUCCUACUUUAAAAAUCUGCAGGAGUUUCCAUGUUUACCCUGAACUCUGUAUGGUUGUAGAGGUGGCUUAUAUAUAUACAUAUGCUUCUGUAUCUUUUCUAGACUCUGCAAUUCAAUUCAAUGGAUAUAGAACCAAUGGUGUUGAUGGAUCUUGAUCCUUAACUUUCUGUA